AUGGUUAGUUUGUCUUUCUUGAAGAUGUCCAGGCGACCUUUAGCUAGAGAGUUUCAAACUCUAGCAUCUCAGAGCAUGCAAUUUGGGAUCUCAGAUAAGGAUGGAGUAUUGGCUAGUGUUGAGGUGAAGUCGACAUUUGUAGAGAAGAUCAAGGCCAAGCAAUUUGAGGACAAAAAGUUGAAUACACUCCAAAAUAAAGUGGUACAUGGGGAGGUGGCAGACUCCACCCUUGUCGUAAAUAGGGUGUUGUGUUUUAGGGGAACAUUAUGUGUUGCUCGAGUUUGGGAUUUAAUUCCUGAUGUACUUUUAGAGGCAUAUGGUUCACGUUAUUCUAUUCAUUUGGGUACCACCAAGAUGUACCAUGACUUGAGGCAGCUUUACUGUUGGCUCAAAAUAAAGAGGGACAUCAUGGACUAUGUGUCCAAGUAUCAAAAUUGUCAACGUGUGAAGUAUGAGCAUCAAAGUCCUGCGGGGUUGCUUUAA